AUGGCAAAAAGGAAAGAAGGGAGGAGGAGUCUUAAGGGUCUACGGGGGAGGGGAAACUCGUGGUGGCCCAAAAGCAGGGCCUGCAGUGGUCGUCAGCGUAGCGAUUUGGGACCCUGCGAGGCACUUCGCGGUGUUGCUGGCUUGGUGCGGCGGUCAAGAGGGGAGGAGAAGAUUGGCAAAAGGGAUGACCGUGAUGGUUGCAGGCGGGAUUGGGAUUCGGCUGUGAUGCGAUUCAGAGAGGAUAAAGACCGGCUGUGGAGAGUGGGGGAUGCUUGUGGCGCGACCAAAGUCCGUGAUGGCUGGUCGCGCGGUGAUCUAGGUGACCCACGGUGGUAG